UCUUAUUUUUAGUUUUCUUUGAGUAAUGAACUCAUCGUCAUUAGAAGUUUUAUCAGUUAUAAUUCUUUUUAUUAUUUUUGUUCAACAACAUUUAUACAGAAUGCUUGUAGGCUAUAAAUGAAUAAAUGUUCGUGGCUAUAAAUGAAUAAAUGUGGAUUCUGCAACACUUAAAUGAACAGGAUUUUGAAAAUGGUAUUAAGUUUCUUCUUUUGCAUGGAAGAAGUUAUAUAGUUGGGCGCAAAGAUUGUGACAUUGUUUUAAAUGGUGAUGCAACAAUUAGCAGAAAACACGCUGUGAUAGAAAUAAAAAAAAGAUUGGAUGAUGAAGAGGUAACAAUAGUGGAUAAAUCUAAAGUUGGUGUUUUUGUUAACAAAAUCAAAGUUCAACCAAAUCAAGAAAUCAAUAUCAAAGCAAAUGAUGUUAUUCUUUUUGGAAAAUAUUCAGUUAACUUUAUACUUAAAAAAACAAAGAUUAAUGCAGUGCUUUCUGGGAUCAGUAAUUCUGAUUCAAAAAAAAAUUGUAAAUCACUAAUUCAGCAGCUAGGAGGGAAAAUUUUGAGUGAAUGGAAUCUGGAUACUACUCAUUUAAUCAUGGAAAAACUCACUUUUACAAUCAAGGUAGUUUGCGCUCUAGCAUCUGGAAAGUAUAUUGUAACACCCAAAUAUUUUGAAGAUUUGUUUGAGAGCUGUAAUAAAAAGCAAGCAAAAAUUCCUCUUGAGAAAAGCUAUUUACCGCCCAUUGCUGAAAACAGUCUUUUAAAAAUGGAAAGUUUUUUUGCUCCAGAUUUCAAACGACAAUCAUUGAUGGAAGGCAAGCAGCUUGUUGUGUUAUCUUCUAGCCAAUGUAUGCGUAUUAGGCUAGCUUUUGAGUUGGCUGGUGGCAAUGUUAUUCUUAAAACUAAACAUGACACAGCUAUUACAAAGUCAUUGUCAUCAAUGCAAACACUGGUUUUACAGACAGAAAAAAAAGAUGACUUAUCUGCCUCAAAUGAAGAAAAUAAUUGGAAACAAGUUGUUUAUCGUAAAUUAAAAAGCCACUCCCUUCGUCCUAUACGUGAAUCAGAAAUUGGUCUUGCCAUUUUAUAUGCUUCUCUUCAGUCUUUUUGCAACCCUACUAAUGCAAAAGCUCCGAAGAUAAGCACCAGUCAUUCGCAGUUAAUAACUGAUACUUUGGCUUCAGAAACACUUCGAGAAGAAUCACAGAUCUUGUUGGAGUCUAGUGAAAGUUCAAACUUCAGUGAUAACAGAAAGAGAAAAGCAUCCGAGCAAGAAACUAAACAAGACUUUCCAGUUAUCAAGAAAUUAAAAGUUUUAACAACAGAAAUUACACCCGAGACUUUUAAAUCAAAAGUUACAAAUAUUGUUUCUAUUGAUGAAGAUGAUGCUUCUUUCAGUGAAGCUUCUUUAGAAGACAAUUUUUUUAACUUUAAACCAAGCAUUAAAAUUAAAAAAGUCACUUCUAAAGCGAAAAAUGACUUUGGCGAAUCGAAAAACGAUUUUUGGGAUUGCUCUCAAAUAUUUGAUGCAUCUGUUAAUAAAAAUGAUGCAUCUGUUAAUAAAAAUGCACAAAUUAAUGUGAAUAAAUCAAAAGUGGACAGUGAGUUAAUUACGGAAUCUAUUAUCCCAGAAUCUAAAUUAUUACAAAAUUCAAUUUUUGAUAAGAGCGUGAUAAAUAAUAAUUCUGUAACUGUUGGUGAUAACUGCUCUUUUCGUGAUUUGUCUAACAAAAUGCAACUAAAAUUAACACAUGUAACAUCAACGCAUACAGCACAUAUGGUAAACAAUAAAAAAGAACUAUUUGACGAGUCUCAAUUACAAGUUACAAAUGUUUUUAAUGAAGAAUUUGUUAUUCCAGAUACUGAACAAAUCAUUGAUCAAAAUGAUGAAUUUGACAAUGUAGAUUGCAAUUUUUCAAAAGUGGUAGAGAGUCAACUGAGUUUUAUGAAAGAAGUGGAUUUACCAAAAAAAUUAGGAAAAAAAGAAUUAAGUGUUGAUAAUGUAAAUAAAGAAAGGAGUUUAAUUCACUCACCUCAAAGUACCAAAUCUUCUGAAAAAAAUAAAAAUUCUGGAAAUAUUUGGUUUGGUAAAACUUAUCAUAACGAAGACUCAAAAUCUAAUUAUAAUAUUAGUUCCAGAAAACAGUGUGAAGAAAAAAAUUCUACAGAAUCUCAAAUCAACUUACAAACAGAACGCUUAUUUUAUGAGAGUGUCUUGAUAGACGAUGAACUUUCCAUGAUAAAAAUUAAUAACAAAUUAUACACAUCUUGUCUAAAUAAAAAAAGUUCAGUUAAAAAAGAAGAAGAUGCAGAUCCUAAUUUAGAUCAUCUCAUGCAAAUAUCGUUUGUCUCACUGGUGGUAAAUUCUGUUAAAAGUAAAAGCAUCGACUUCCCUUAUCCAGGCUCUUUAAAAAAGCCUAAAAAUUUUAAAGUCUUUCGAAAGCAACGUUAUGUUGGUUGCGAUAAGUCUACCCGAGAUAUUAUAGGAAGAAACGAUUUAACUGUUUACAUAAAUGUCAAUGAAAAUCAAGAUUUAUUUGAUGACUUUAGAGAGGAAAAUGAUAGAGAAGAAGAAGCUGAAAAAGAAAUGAAUCGAUUGUUUGAUAAUUGGGGUAAUAACAAAGAACCUGCAAGAAAAACUAAACGAAGAUAGUAAUUUUUUUGUGAAGAUAUAUAAAUGAAACA